AGGUUAGAGAUGAAAAUGUUACUACUGAUUUGAUUUGAGCUUAAGCGGGUUGAAGGAAGCAUGCGCGGUAGCAGCAGCAUUUCAGAAGCAAGAUGGUUUGCAGUGACAAUCACAUUAACAACACUCUCCGCCAUUACCAUCUCUGCAGCAGCAGCAGCUUACAUAUUCAAGCGUAAAUGUAACUCUCUCAAAUCCAAAAUCAAUGAACUCGAAUCAUCUCUCAUCUCUUGCUCCGAUAAAUGCGCCUCCGAAAGGCAAGGUCGAAUUAGGGCUCAAAAGUUGUUGAGAAAACAACUAACUCAACCUAAAUCACAAAACCCAAACCUCACUUCUUAUCCUAUGAUUCCCAUUGGUACCGUCCACUCUUGCUUCUCUACCAGGUAUGGGACACCAAGGCAACCAUUACUUGUACCACUUGCUAGAGCAUGUUUGGUUUUCAAUACAACUCGUGUUCCUCCAGCAUCACUUGAGGGUUUAGCGGAUUAUUCUCAUUGCUGGAUUAUAUAUGUAUUUCAUUUAAAUACUGAUCUUGAAAAGAUGUGGAAGCAUCCAUCUCAAUCAGGGUUUAAGGCAAAGGUGAGAGUCCCUAGACUUAAAGGUGGAAGAAUGGGAGUGUUUGGCACAAGAUCCCCACAUCGUCCGUGCCCCAUUGGACUCACAGUUGCAAAGGUAGAGGCUGUCCAGGGAAAUAUGAUUUUGCUGUCUGGUGUGGAUCUGGUUGACGGAACUCCGGUGCUUGAUGUCAAGCCUUAUUUACCAUAUUGUGACAGCAUCCAAGAUGCUGUGGUGCCAAAUUGGCUUAUGGAGGAUAACUUAUUUUCAGUAGCUUCUAUUAGCUUUUCAGAGGACUUCGCUUCAUCACUUGAAAAUUGUUGGAUAAUGGCGGAAAAGAAGUCACUCUAUGCAUCACCAGGUGAGUUCCAAAGCCUAGUAACACAGGUUCUAGCGUGGGAUAUCCGAUCAUUGAGUCAGCGAAUUAGGCCUCAUGAUGUUAUCCUGAAGAAAGAAAAGGAUCAACUUUUGGGUGAUACUUCUGAUGUAGAUGAGCACCUAGAUGAAACGGCUUUUGUCCGUGACAGAGAGCAGAAUUCUCCAAAUUCUAUGGAAGUAAUUUAUCACCUAAUUUUGGAGGGACUUGAUGUCUCGUAUAAAAUUGAUCAUGAUGGUAAUGUCAUUGUAGAAAAGGUAUCAACCUUUGCUGUCUUGGACAAUAAGAUUAAUAGUUCCUACAAUUACUUGACAUGGAAAGACAAGUUGCGUUGAUUUCUAUUGUUGUACCUGAUUACCUUUUCCUUUUACAAUUACCUGGUUACAUUUUAAACCUUAUUGAAUUUUAUUUUCUUUUUUGACAAUUGCUUUUAUAAAAAAACUCAUGUUAAAAGGAAGUU